UCACUCAGGCAGGGUCAGCGAGGGAUUCGACGCCCUCGUCGUUCUCGCACUCUCCCUCUCCCUCUGUGUCUCUGUCGAUGAGGCCUCCUCCCGCCUGGCAUCGGCCGCCGUCUCCUCCCGCGACUCGGCCUCGGGGUCGGGCACCAGGGUGGCCUUGCCGUUGACCAUGCGCAAACCCCUAACUGAACAACACAGCCGCCAGACAAACACCAGGAACACUUGGGCAAUGAUGAGCGGAUGUUUCUUCAUCCUGUGCCCGUUCUCACUUAGAUGCUGCUGGUCAUCGAAGUCUCCCUGGCGCUUCUCCUCGGCACUCAGGCCCGGCUGCACAUGCAGAACCUUCUUCAGGCCCUCCCACGCAUCUGUCGCAGCCGGGCGUCGAAGUGGUUGAAGAUGGAUCUGCCAAGGGCCACUCCACUUGAAGUUUUUGAUGUCGUAGCAUUUGGAGCAGGUGGCCUUGACCGUCUCGUUGUCAGGCACCAACGUCGCCACGGAGAACUGCUCCCUGCACAUCACACACAGACACAGACCCAUCGGGGGCCAUGACGGACGCAAUGUGUGUAUCUCUGCCCACUUCAGGACUACAUCUACGUGCUCGGUGCCGUUCGGGCCACUUUGGUCCUUGACCUGCUUCCGCAACAUGUUGAUGACGAAACCCGCCGCCUGCUCCCCCUGGUUGAAUGCCGUGUCGUCGGAGGAGACGCCGUUCUCGUCAGCCGGCCACAUGUGGAUGCCGUGGGUGUGGUGUUGUCCCUGCCAGUGAGCUCCUAAUGUACACACCCACACACAUGAAGUACGCAGCACGCGGGCAAGGUGAGUGUUGGUCAUGCCGUAACUUACGAAGCUGAAGACGCGAACGGGUAUGCCGGUGAGUUUCCACGUCAUGUAGCACAGAGCGGCUCGUCCGCGUACUCGUCUGAUAAACUACACAAACACCCCAUUCGUGAGUGCCUGGGUUGGCGUCCCACCCCCGUCUCCUUCAUUCCCUCCCUCACUUCGUUUUUCCACCACCUCUUGACUCAACGACCUGGCGAAGGCCGCAACUGACCAAGAAACAUACACACACACACAUACAAAGCAGUACAGCAAUGUGGGAACACAAGCAGCGGCUCCCGUCAGCCCGUGUGCCUUCUUCCUUACCCUUGGGUCGCGGAUUGAGGUAUUUGUCGCGGACCUGCUGUGGGGUGAGCUUCUUCUUCUCGACCUCCGCAGUGAACUCAGCGGCUGAGGGUACACACACACACACACACACACACACGCAGAGAGAGAGAGAGAGAGGGAGAGAGAGAGAGAAUACACAGUCACUCAUCCCGCUUCCCCUCCUCUUCGUUUUCCCCGACCCUUUUUCGCUACUAUGUCGCGUUUGCAUAUCUUGAUGACCUAUGUCCGGCUCAGCUUCGAUUUCUUGACAUGGACGUAUAGAAAGUAGAUGAAGGCAUAGAGAACGGCGGUUGAUAGUCUGAUGAGUUCCCUAUGCCUAUCAAUAUCCCAAUCGUUACAUACAACCUGGGAAGCCACACACACAGAGUGGAGACAUAGCCGUGCUUUUUGUGUUCGUCUCCUUUGUGCUGGGGCUUACUUGACCUGUGACAUUUUUGGAUGGCCUUCUUGGUCAACCCCUCCAGCUCACCGACUGAGUAUGCGCACACAGAGAGAAUACACAGCUGCAACCCUCCCUCCUUCCCUCCCUCCCUCCCAUGUGCGGCUGUUUGUGUACCUUCUUUGGCGGCUGCCUCGUCGCUGUACUCCUGGAUGAGCUGGUCCAUGGUCAGGCUUGCCACCUGAGACUCCAU